AAUUACAACUCUUAGCAGAUGGUUGGUAUCGUGUUCCCACUUACCCAUUCUGGUACAAACUAUUCAAAGUACGGUCAGACUAUCAAACAGCCAGAAAAAACUGCGAACUCAUGGGUGGUCGAUUAGCAGCAAAGGGUAUACGCAACCCAGCUAUUCGCAGCGAUCUUCUCGACACCUUUAUUGGAAAAACAGGAACUGCGAUCUGGAUAGGACUUGACGACCUUGAGAAACAAGACAACUGGAAAUGGUCGGACGGAGUUUCAUCAACUUCUUCUAAUACACCAUGGGGCCGAGGAGAACCAAAUGGUCGAAAUGAAAGAGGUGUGUGUAUGUGGAAUCAACUGCAAUAUCAGAUAGCAGAUGUGAGUUGUAAUUACAAACAAUUCUAUCUUUGUGAGAAGUAAUUGAGAAAUUCCCUUUUUCCCUUUGACUAUAUGGUAAUGAUAUGAACAAAAAAAAGAAACAAUAUCUAUAGUAACUCGCCUAAAAUAUAGCUA